AUGCAAGGUGGUGAUGUGAGGCUACGCGAGCAACAGAACCGACCAGAAUCCCUAAACAUCCUCCAGGUGGCCAAAAGGCUGGAGUCUCAGGAGGUAAGUUAAUACACACCUUCAGUGCGCAUUUUCAGACACUAUUUUCGACUGGCGUAAUGACAGAGUCAUUGGUUCGAAGCUGGUGUCUUCUGGCAAAAGAAGCUCUGGCUUUCCGACACCGUCAUUGUUUUUGAUAAAUCCAUUCUGUCCCUAGGCCGCCUCAUGACUCCGUUUGCACGGGGACCGGUAUCACCUGGCCGUACGUUGCAAAUUCACAGUCAUGAAGUAGGCCCAGGUGCGGUAGUGUGCAGACGCUUCUGCUCGGGUGAUUGUAUUUUGGCUUUUAGUUCCUCUACUUGUUUGCCGACUGCGCCCUUAUUUCCCGUAUUGCGGUAAGGGUUUUGGGGGGUUUCCGACAUUCAUGGCGCCUUAGCCCUCCUACAAUUGCUACAAUAACUUGGCUAUCUCCGAUUAUACCUUUUUAACCAAGCCACUAACAUGGAAUCUAAGCUUUUCGGUUGAUGUCACACUGUGUGCCUUGUUGAUGAAAUAGCCCCUAGUCUUUUUAGGUAUGCAAGGGAGACUGGAUGAAGGCUACUUGGUUUUUCGUCUAUUACGUUGAAAACCCAGCUCACUUGCUCACUUGUUUCGACUAGAGGAUCAGAAACAGUCAUCCCUAGACCUCUGUCCAUCACUUAGAGGUGGGGCCAGAAAGACACCACGGUUUCGCCUCAGGAAGCACAAGAUUUACAGUUCAGUAGGCAUUGGCCAUAGCGAAAAUGCAGUUAGCGAAGAGGGGAUAGCAAAUUCUGUCAAAUUCCAAACGAGCAAGGCAAGGUUGAAAUCUAGCAUGGGACCGAUGAGACAUCCUCUUCAGUCUCUGGAAAUUAUGUGAAGUUAACCAAAAGACGACACCAGUAUUAAACGAGUCUUUCGUCAAGGCCUCCCUUCUGUAUGGAACUAAAACAUGCCCGUGAACUUACAGUACGUUACCUAACUCAUGAAAUGUGUCGAAAUUUACAAAUGAUUGCCAAUCACUCGCAAACCGACACCAUUUCAUAGGUUCAAUGUCUAUGUUAAGUAAGUAAAAGUUUAAAAGACUUAAAAACAUAAAAGAAAUAUUAAAGGCAGUGUUGCGUUGUUUAGAAAUGUCGAUUUAUUUUGAAAAGCGCAAUAUCCCGAGAACGUCAGAAAUGGCUCUAAUUUAGUAAACUCCUUUUUUAGAUGUAUAGAAUGUAUUUUCAUACCACAAACGUAGUAAAUAUGAAAUUAGAAAUAAAAUAACGUCUUAUAAUAGUGCUUCAGUGAAGUUUUCAUCUAAAUAUCGUUUAAAAACUAGUGUGAUUUCAUAUAUGACGGUUUUCCAACGGCCCACAUUCUCAGCAUAGAUUCCAAAACAGUUUUCCAUGGAUUCGUGUUAUCCUUGACUCGUUUGAGUUAAAUGAGAUAGGGUUCAACAAGAGCAAUUUGAUUUUACUUGAUUUCACCCAUGGGGGCGUCCUAGGAACAAACGUUUUCAUAAGGUGACAUGCCAUGAGGCCGGUCGGUGCCUAAUAAAUUUAAAUAGAACGGACAGGCGUGAUCGUAAACAUAGCAUUUUGUAUUUAUAGAGAGAACUUGUCUUCCGUUAAAUGAAUUCACACUUUUCGUUUGUUUUCGAUUACGUUGAGUUUCAGAUCGGCCUCGAAAUGUUGCUGAAUACUGCAUUAUUUUCAGUGUUUUCACCCGAUCGUCCAUAAAGACAGCUUCUGAAUUGCCUGUCUGUUGAGAACUUUAACAUAAGAUUAUUCUUGAAGGUAUUUACCGAAUUAAUGAGUGUUCGGGUGCUCCUUUUGACGAAGAUGGUCGUUUGGAUCACAUGUGAAGACUCAUUCAAACAUCAAACUUGAUUUUCGAGAACAAUGGCUGUCCACAACGAAAGUCAGCAACGAAUAUGGCUUCGAUCAAUAAGACAACUUUCCGUAAUAAGUUACCUCUUUAAGAAGCGCUUUAUCACUGCACUCCGUUGACGGAUCUCUGUGUACUUUGCAUUUUUGCACGGUGACGCUAUGUAAAAAUUUGACACUUUUGGCCGUUUCUCUCACGUUCCUAAACAAUACUUUUUUUUUCUACCGUAAACAUAAAAUGCCUUCUUCUGUACAUUGGGGCCAUUUCCACUGUUUUUGUUCGCUUUUAGACUCCAUUCUUCGAUUAUGAAUGCACGGCAGGGCGCCCAUAUGAAUACUGAUAUUUUGCUGAAACUAUUAAUGUUUUGCUCGUUCUAUUUCUGAAUAAGACAUGCACAGAAACUGAAAAUACACGACAUAUGUUCAAAACUGGAAAUGACCAUUCGGUGGUGGUCACUUAUGUGACAUCAGGUAGAAUUUUUCAAAUGGCAAAACAAUUUCAGCCCAUUUAAUCGAAAAACUCUGAGAUUUCCCGCCUGAGCAAGUAAGACAUGUAUUAUAUGUCAUCAAAUCACAGGAGGACCCUUUUCAAAGUCCAGAAUUUGAGUGUUCGGGAAGGAAAGUCAAUAAUGGCUUUAUGCUUCCCGAUGUAAAGCGCUGUAGUAAUUUCGAUCUGAAUACCAAUAAGUCAUAGUUUUGGUGAAGGAUUAUUCCAAAGGAAGGCAUAUUUGGAUGCAAAAAGGGGAGCGUCUAGACGUAGACCAAAGAGGCGGCGGAUGAGAGAUCGGUUAUCACACUUUGGGUGGACACUGUCCUUUACUCCUUUUCCCCUGCUCUUCUUCGCGCAUUUUUUUGCCUCGCAUUAUUGCACUUUGCCGGCGCGCACUUUGAAGACUAAUCAUCCGUCCCUCUCCAGCGUACCUGACUGAAUAGGAACAUCAGUAUUAUGCUCGCGGGCAGGGACCUGGUCUCCGUUUAAUUAGGUGUCACCAGAUGAGAUCAUUAUCGUCAUGACCAUCCUGGAGCUCUUUCUUGAGAUACCAGAGUAGCAUAAAAUCUCGCCCAUCGAAACAAGAUCUGCCCAUUUUUGACACUUAUGAACUUUCGGCGACGGGACUGGCAAAAGUGCCGCCCUUUUACCUUCCCACGGUUUUUUUAUCUAUUUUUGCCGCUCUCAUGGCGUUUACCUCCACUGACUGCAAUAAAAAGACGCUUCUAGGCUUCUGUCAGGAAGGCGUGUGGCAAGAUUGUGUUACCGAAGCCUUCUUUUUCCCGGAUUCGAUAACAAAAACGACAAUGCCAUUCAAAAACUGCAGAAAAAUCAAACCUCAAGGGGGGAGGAGAGUUGCCUGUUGCAGUCUGCAAGUUCCGUCCAUCUGCAGCGCAUGUGUAGCAGUAGAUAAUCUCAAAAACCCGUCAUAUUCCUUGUCAGCAUUCAUUUUAAUAACAUGCGGAUAUGAACUGUCAAGUUCCAAGUGCAGCAGUAAGUUCCAAUCAAACACAGGCUGUGCAUGCCCACUAACCUGCCAUCCUCCCGACAAAAAAAUAAGUCCCCGAAUAAUGUAACUUUUCCGCUUAAUCUUCCUUGCAGUGCACCACUGUCGCAUACUAUGGGUAAUUCAACCAUGUCUUCCUAAAACAUUCUGUAAUUCCUCGACAAAAAUCUAACUUCUAUCUACGCUGACGACGGUCUCCUCGCCAUGUCUCACUUUGGCCUAAGAAGAUAUUGUAACUCGUCCUUUUGUUAGCUGGCUUGAAUUGCCUUUGGGAUCUCCUUUUAACGAUGGCCAACAAGACUCCAGUUGGCCGACACAUUUUCUCGACUAAUUUGCGGUUGACAAGUCUCCUUUUUACCGCCUCAGCCUCCAGUAAUAAAAUAGAAGACCCUACUGCAUGUCCUUAGGUGUUUUUGACUGCCUUGUCAAAUUCUGUUACCGUGGACCACUUUCUUUUUUUAAUGUUUAUAUUAUCAACUGUGCUAUGUAACUCGUAACUGCCUGCCUUCCUUCUAGUUGAUCGAAAUCGCCGACUCCACUGAGGUCCUGACCCGAGAACGACUUUGCUGUGGGCUGGUUCUCUUCGAACAGGUCAUUGACUUUCGCAUAUUCUACUUGCUAUUCGGCCCUCCUUUAUGUCCCCGGGGCUCUUUCACUUACUUGCCCUUUGGUAUUUUAUGUGUUCUGGAAUAGUAGAGAUCCCAUUAGACAGAUCUAAUAUCGUUAGGCGCAAGGGAUUCGUUGGCGCUGGAAAUUACGUGUUAUACUCCUGAUGUCCUGUGCCCACCUUCCUGACUCCUGGACGUUUGCGUGACCGCCGAUAAUACGGCCAUUUUUGAAAGAAAAUAUAAAUGGAGGUUAAGGAGGGCUUCUGUAUUCCGUACAUUUUCUACGCCGGUUCCUGAGAUCACGGUCAGGGAUAGAGUAAAUCCGCAAAGAUGAGUGCUUUUCUGGCAUUUGUGCCGGUCAGCGGCGCUAUCACCACCUCGUUCAGAUUGGCUGUCGUUCCAUCCAUUUCCUCUUUGAGACCUUUGUGCGUGGUAUCUGUUGUAGCUAGGACCGUAGCAAGCACACGAGAUGGGGAGGACGAACGAAUAUGGAUGCAUGAGUCAGAACGAGAAUACCCUAUGACAGGGCUUUAUUCAUCUUAAAAUUGACGUAUUGGGACUAAAACGAGAAAUGGAAAAGUAGUAGAUAAUAUGGAAUUUAGCCAGGGGCUUAUUUUAGCAUGAAAUUCACCCCGGCCAACAAAUGGAGGAAUUGAGAUGUCAAAAAUCGAUAGGAAAAGUUUGCAUGGGGCAAAGUUCAGGCGUCUCUGUUACGAAGGCAGUGUGGGUGAACACGUUGUUGUUGUUGUUGGGUUAAUGUUUCUAGGUUGUGCAUGCGGACCUCGUCAGCGUUCGGUACACUAACAGGUGUCGCAUCAUUCUGUUCGUCAGUUGAAACGGUGCUACUUUCUUGCUCGGUAAUGGGUGGGGGGGUGGGGGUGGUCAGGGGAAAGUGGGAAGAAAUUUUCUGAUACCGGCUUGGCCAUCUCCUGGUGGCAAUCACCAACAUCCUUUUCACCGCUGGGAGCAAGCAGUCGAACAGAUACCGUUUUUUCGCUGCCAUUACUGAAUCAUAUAUGAGCAUAUUGGGGGUUACAUUGGAGUAGUUCUACCUCCUCAACAAGCGGAUCAAACUUAGACUGUUGAUUGCUCUUCAGCAGAACUCUGCCAGAAGAGGUAAGCCACAUGGGGAGAGUAGUGCCAGUAGUUGACCUCCUGUUGUAGACAAACAUUCUCUCAUGAGGUGUUGCAUUAGUGGCGGUACACAAAAGUGAUCUAAUUGAGUGUAAAGCGUCAAGUAAGACGGAUUCCCAGUGUGUGACGGGCAAAUUUUGUGAUUUCAGAGCAAGCAAGAUAGUCCUAUAUAAAGUUUGGUUCAGACGUUCGACCUGCCCAUUUCCUUGGGGAUUGUAUGGAGUUGUUCUACUCGUCGCCACUCCUUUACUGCGAAGGAAUUGCUGAAUAUCAUUUGACAUAAAUGACGAUCCCCGGUCGGUGUGUAUGUACGAAGGAGUACGGAAAGUGGAGAAGAACUCACACAAACAUUUAAUGACAGUUCCGGCAGUCUGAUCAGGACAGGCAAACGCAAACGGAAAACGAGAAUAUUCAUCAAUAAUCGUCACCAGAUAGCGGUUGUGAGUUGCCGACGAAAAAGGACCUUUGAAGUCGAGUGACAGUCGUUCGAACGGCUGGGUGGCUUUGAUGAGUUGGCCUUGUGUUUUAAAGAAACGGGGUUUGACUUCACAACAGACCUGACAUUUAGCGACGACAUUACGAAUCUCUUCCAUCGAAAUGGGGAGAUUCCGAGCUCGAACAAAGUGCGAAAACCUAGAGACGCCGGGAUGACAAGGUGACUCGUGUAGUUCUUUCAAAUCGGCACUGGUUAGUAGGGUGUCACGGCAAUUACGGGAAAGCGUCCGCCGCUCGAUUUCCUGUACCAGGUCGGUAGACAAUGCCAAACUUGAACGGUGACAGUUCCAAUCUCCAGCGUUCGAUCUCAUCAUUCUUGGCCUUCCCUUUUUGCUGACUGCCGAAGAUGAAGGCAACAGAACGCUGAUCCGUGAUGAGUUUAAAGUGAUUACAGAGGAGGAAGUGCUUCCAUUUGCGUAUGGAUUCCACUACGGCGUAUGCUUCUUUCUCUAUAGCUGAAUUAUGUCGCUCAUUUGGGGAUAGGCUACGUGAAAAGAACGCUACUCUUCGGCCAUUCUGAUUCAGUGUGGCAGCGAUUGCGACGUCGGAAGCAUCGGUCUCGACAACUAAUGGGGUAUCGUAAUGAACAGUGGCCACUGUGGCUUUCGCAAGUUCCUCCUUAAGAGCAUCAAACGCUUCCAUUACCUUCAGUGGUAAGGGGAAAGUUCUGUUAUGGAUAAGCAGAUGAAUCUUAUCCGAAAAGUGAGAUAUCCAUUGUGAGUAGUAUGCAAACAGUCCCACAGCUCGUUGUUGAGACUUAAGAUCUUGUGGAGGAGUCGUUUCACGGAAAGGCCUUAGACGAUCCGGAUCCGGCCUAAUGUUGCCCUUGGACAUCUCGUAACCAAGAAGUUUAGUUUCUUUAGUAGCGAUAAAACUUUGGCUUCAUUGAAUGCUAUUCCGUACUUUUCAGCCACGUUAAGGAAUUUUUGAAGGGUUGAAUCAUGCUCCGCGAGGCCGCCCCCACAAAUAGUGAUAUUGGCAACGUAGACGAAAAUAUUCUUUAGACGUUCGCGUGCAAUUAUGUCGUCGAUGGUCUGCUGGAAGCACGCAACUCCGUUGGUCACACCAAAGGGGAUACGACAAAAGUGAUAUAAACGUCUACAAGCUUCAAAGGCAGUGUAUGGUCUUCCUUUUACCCGGAUGGGUAUCUGGUGAUAGGCGCUCUUGAGAUCAAGAGUGCUAUAAGUGUCGUAGUUUGCAAUACGUUCAACCAUUUUGUCUACUCUGGGGGAGGGGUAGGCAUCUAGAAGUGUGUAUCUGUUGAUCGUUUGGCUAUAAUCGACAACCAUCCGCUUUUUGUCGUCUUCAUUGGCUACGACCAAAGCUUGGGCUCGCCAGGGGGAUAAUGAAUGCUCAAUUACACCCUCAGAAAGAAGGCGACGAACUUUUUCUCGUAUAAGUCUCUCAUCCAUAUUGGUGUGCCUGCGAGAUUUAGUAGCGAUGGGUUUGCAGUUCGGUGUCAGAUUAGGAAACAAACGGGGAGGCUCGAUGCAAGCGGCAGCCACAGAACCAGGCGAGGACGUAGGUGGUAUGUGUCCUAUGACACAGCGUUCGUUGUCGCUAGUAGCAAGCUGGCGGGCGGACAGAAUGGGAUCGAGUGAGAUCCUAACCACAACAGUGAGGGUCAAACGCCCACUUGACAUGCUUAUAUACCUCACUUUUUUCAUUUUCUUGCUCCUACUGCUGAGGAAGUGAGGAUGGAUGUUGAUGGUGGGGUAGUUGCUAAUGGGGACGAUAACGCUAUUUCAUUCUGACUCAACCAUGAAAAACUCAGCGCCUCGGUGAAAUGCAAACUCACAACAUAAAUGGGAAGCCUUAGCUCACCAACGCUCUUGCCACCUGAACUACGAGGCCCCGCCGGACGACGCGAGUUUAAUCACAUUUGGGUCAAGUUACCCGCCCAAUCUACCGCAACGUCUGGAAUCCACCAAAUCUUAUACAGUAAGAUGACUGCCUAAGCAGGAUUUCUUAAGUAACCCACCUAGAAUCCAGCAGAGGACUACGCGGCCCACGUAAUUCAUAGAUGUCUUGGUGGAUUUUCUUGUAUAUUUUAUAAUGAUCCAAUUGUGAUAACGCUAGUGUUCAACUAUCUUAGAGUUCUAGUGUGCGUUGAAGCACUGCACUGUUUGCUGCUCACCAAAAAAAACAAUUGACUUACUUCCUCCGGUCAUCUCUGUUCGACAGGUGCUGAAUCGGAUCCGUGAGUUUCUCGAGGAAGAUGAGCCUGUCAGCGAGAACGGCAGUACCACCUCAAGUCAGGCCCCUGUGCCCGUAAACGUGUGGCAUGGCACUGGUGGCACCAGCCAGAUUGGCACUCAACCCGCAGCCUCCAAAGAGUCCAUCCAGAUCGAGGGCUGUUCGCAAUUUCAUCGCAUCUGGUCGGCCAUACAGUUUGUGUUCAGCACACCCUUUGGCGAAAACGAGUACACUGUGGAGGAGAUGUUCGGUGACGGUCUCAAUUGGGCCGGCUGCGCCAUUAUCUGUCUUCUGGGCCAGCAGCGCCGCUUCGAGAUGUUGGACUUUGGUGGUCAGUUUUUGCGAAUUCAGCGCGCUGACAAGAAGGACAUUCUUCCAGAUGGAUUUGUAAGCCUUAUCGACAGAAAUACUCUGAUGUAUUCCCUGCAUGGCAUGUGCAUUGCUUAAAACCUGUGAUUGUAUGAUAGGGGGCCUUAGCUAUGCAUUGAUACUUGCUUAAACUUGAGGCAGUUUUAUGCACACUUGGUGUAACCGAUCUGAGUUGUGUUGCGGAGCUAUCGUCUGUCAAAAAGUGUGACUUGGACGUCACCUCUUUUCCGACGGCAAAGACCGAACACUGUAGGUCUAAGAACCACUAUAUGUUGACCUAAAGUGUCGAGUUGCUUUUUGGAUUGGCCUCCGCGUAAGCAGCGGUCUCGGGGUUGGCGAAGCAGUGAACUUCUGGGGCGGGCGGUGAAUGGCGUGUACAUGCCGCCCCAGCCCCGUCGUUCUGUUGUGUGGCCUGCGAUAUAACCAGGAUAUUGCCUCAGAAGGUAUGAACUGUCUCAUUCAAGAUGAAGUCGAAGUCCUUCGCCCGCAGGAUCGCCUUCAAGCAUCACUAAUCUAGAACUUUCAAUUUUCGCUCCUUGUCCACGAAUUCAGCUCGGCAUUUGCAGCUGUAGAGAAUGGCACGGACCUUUGCAAUCGUUGAGAUAUCGUUACAGGUCCAUAGGCAUCUUCAAGGGCUUGAAGAGCAUCAUAAAUUUGGACAAAACUUCUGUCCCUAUUCUGUUCCUAUCCUCAAAUUUGAAUUAUUGGCUAAAUGGCUAAACAGGUUUAUUUAACUGCUGACGUUUCAAAGAGCACUGUAAGAGAAGGUAAUGGCCUGAAUAGUGAUAGUAAACCUACAGACACAUGCUAGUGUACUUGAGAGUUCUUAAUACUAUGCUCCAUCGGUCGUUGAUCCUCUCGUCAAAUGGAUCCUCCUUGUCGAACCGUCGCUUCUUAGCUGUUCGAUAAAGUGACCAGUUGGGCUUAAGCUUAUCGCCUGCUGAUAUAGACCGCAUCACAUUUCACAAUGCAUAUUGCCGCGUAAGAUCGUUCUUGGCUUACGCCUCUUCCUUAAUUCUUGGCAUUUUCUUCAACCUGACGUCUAGUAUGGUUUUCCAUAUUAAGGCUUUAGCAGUAACGUCCUCUUCUGUUAACUGCUACACAUCUCUGUUGCGCAUCGCCUUGAAGCGCCCAUAGCUUUGUGGGCGGUUUCCAAAACCUUUCAGCCUGAUUACCCAACAAACCGUAGGAAGGCUCAGUUUUAAUUGCCCAGCUCUCCGAGUUGUGCUGUGCCUCCUCGAAGAAAGUCACGAUGCUGGCUAAGCGGUCCUCCACGUUUUGUCCGGACUGUGAAAGUUUAGAAAUACUAUGAUUCGGCUCUUCUCUAGUGGGUGGACAAAAGAUGCUCUUAAAGUCUAAGACAAUCUCAGAAGUCCUCGUAGACAUUUAUUUUCACCAGGACCAUCUGUUUUCAGUUGAACUACUUUGCAGGUGUAAGUUAGCUGCCAGUUUUUUUUUAAUGGUGACGAUUUUUCCCAUUCGAAAGCGACAUACUAGCUCGAAACCUCUGUCAGCGGAAAAUCUUUGGUAGUUUCUGCUCUGCCUCUGAAGUACUACACAACACACCUUUCUAAACCAUGAGCUGUGAAAAUAACCGUGGAACAUUUACUUCAAAGCCCUUCAAAUUAUCGUCCAUAAUUUCGUUUAGAAGACAAAUUCCUUCUCAUGAAAGAUUUGAAAACGCAGUAACCAAGUUGGCCGCAGUAUCCAGACUGCAUUCCCGAUGUGGAGCCUGCCCUAACUGUUCUACAGCUUCAGGUCUGCCAAGUAGCCGCAUGGUGAGGACCCAGGUGAGAUAAGAUGAGGGGACCUGGGAGGCCACCCCUCCCCGCCCACUGAGCCUGUUUGAUCAACCCAUCGGCCUUCGAGGACCUCGCUGAGGCAGUCGCGCACGCUAUGGUCAUAGUGUUUAGCGGACUGUUCUGCUCAAACCACUCAUAGUCAUGUAAUUCAAGACCUCCUAAUGCGGUAAUCACCUGUCGUUGCAAUAAUGGACUAUCAGGCUGCCCCAGAAUGGAGAAAAAUUAACGGGUUUUAACUGCCGAUCCACCUGAAACGUUUUAUUGUGGAAAAAAGACUCGUUUUUUCGUUGCAAACUAUGAUUGCAGGAUCCUCUCGCGAAGAAGCGAUUGGCUGGGGUUGUUGGAAUUUUAAAAAUCAGGCUUCAUUAUUAUUCCGUUCCGAGAGUGUAUGACUUCAUGAGGGCUUCGGUUUACCUAAAUAUUCCCGAAGACUUCUUCUCGACGCUCCUUAGGAUUGGACCAACGUGCCUAUAGUCGGACAGAGUGAUAUGGCUGAAAGCGGUAUUUUCCUAGCAUAUUAUGGAGGGGACCCUUUGGAAAGCCACCGAACAUUCGUUGUUUGGUUGUUGCGUGUGUUUGCACAGCCAUAUCAGCACUUAAGUCGUCAUCCCCUGUUACGUCUUGAGCUGUGUCUGUUUUGGAAAAUUGUUUGACCACUCUGCCGACUGAAUUGCGAGUGACUGACCUGAUCGAAUCUUGAAGUAGAGCUUUAGUGUAAUCCCUCCAGUAUUUCGGCCGGAUUGCAUUUUUAGGAAUGCUAAUUCUGUUUUCUCGUCAAUAUUUAAUUGGGACUUUUUGAAUCACGCGUUCUUUUCGCCUGUGUGCUGUUAUCUCUUUCUAUUUCGGUCGGUGGUGUGACUGUUAGUGUUAGGCUGUCCUCCGAUGACGUACCCACUGUGUGGGCUCGGUAGUAAAAGUUGCAUCCUAACCAACCCACUUUGCAAUGAUGUGGUGCCUGAGUUGAGCUUGUGGUUAGUGGUCCGAUCGUCGUUGUCGAUCAUGUCCACAGCGUGCCUGUUUUCACAAAUUUGCCAUGCUCCGAAGUGGUUGAUGCAUCAUUAAAAUCCCCCCCCCCCCCGAUGCAUGGAAUUGAGCUUUUGUGACACUUCACCAGUGUUUCGACCACUUCCCAUGUAUAGAAGUGCCAGUGCCUUAUUUCGUCUUCUGGUACUGAUAUCUGGCUGAAUAAUGGUAUAGGCUGCGUCCGCAUCGAUCCACGUCGAGGCAGUGCAGUAGCCCAUUUGAACAGACUUGACAGUUUGCAUAGUAAAUGGACGUUUUCCGAGAGGAGAUUUACUCAUGCGUAAAUGAGGGUUUGACGCGUGCGCUCAGCUCCUAGGGUAAGAUAUUUUGGGACAAGUGAGAUUAUUCGCCCCUCUUCUCCCCUACCCUCUCUAGUCUCUGUACGCAGCAGUAAAUAAGUCAGCAGUGUCGAUUUGUGCAUGUUACGCCAGGUUAAUCAGUCUGGCGGUUUUUGGUCCACACUUCAAGGCUUCUUCUGACAUUUUAUGGCCGUAUAUUCCAAAAUAAACCACGUAAAAACUGUUCUUGCAGAUUGGGUAUCGAUCGAAGGUAUUGUGUCCGCACUUCGGCAGAUUCGGCGUUGCGUGAUGCUUUUGGUAGCCUCAGCCUGCAUCUUCUUAGCACGCGUGACUGUCCCCAUUUGCUCACCUUUCCUGUCCACCCCCUCCCCCUUCUCCGGUUUCUGCUCCGCGUCGCUGCCCUGUUUACUCUCUAUUGAUUCUUCCGCCUGUCCUGACCACGUACUCACGCGUACCUGCUGAUGAGACGGCUGCCAAGACUCCCCUUACUGUUCUUUCCUCUCGUUUUUCCCCAAGCAUGUCUCCUGCAGAAAUUACCUAAAAACUACGGAAGCCUGAGAACGGGGUGGAUUUACCCUUUCUUAUCACAAAGCAAAUAUCGUUUUGUUGAUAUGAGAUCACCGAUGGCCCUAUGAGAGCAAUUUAAAUCUGCUGUUUUCGGCUAAGGCACCAAUUUUGAGCGAAAUUGUGGAGGAAAACGAAGAUUUGAGGGCGUAAAAUGGCUCUUAGAUCGAAGCCCUGUCGUGCUUGACCCACUGAGAGUACCUAAGAAGACAAAGUUGCUUGUAGUUUGUCCAACCUAGUUUUUACGACUCAUGUGCUGCUCCUAGCAUAGGCAUUAUAUGCCCGCCCCGGUCUAUGCUCACGACUGCAAUCUGUUAAGGUUAUCCGAAGUGUACGUUGUUGCGUGUCUCACGUUUUGGUUUUUGUUUUUUGAGUUUGAAAUCCGACCAAAAGACGCGACAUAGUUUAUUAUUUUAUUGAUCCCGCACAAUUCCAAUUUUUUGACUAGCCAGCCGGCUUUUUGUCCGAUUGACCCUACGCCAAUCCCCCUCUGCUCUAACAGACCGCACUAUGUGGGGAAGGCAUUCACGCGCAGGAACCCGGAUUCUCGACUAAGCGGUUCACCAUUAGAACCUUUGAUAUAGCCAUCUCUACGCCAUUCAUUCGACGUGGACAGUGAACCAUUGUUUGCCUCUACCUUUGCGAUCUUACUAAAAACUACUUUAAUUACCAGCCGGUAUCGAGCGCGCACACAAUUCAGAUCAGACGGAAACGUCCAUUUUGAAAAUCGAUAAUUGAUAGGUGUUUUGGUGGAUUUUGAAUAAUUUAUUUUGAUCCAACUAUGAAGAACUGGGCGACCUCGGUGGGACUCGAAUCCACGACAGCAAGCGUAAGGCUUCAGUACAGUAGCCGCCGGAUCCACGUGGCCCCGCCGAAGCCGUGAGUUUAAUCAUGGCCGUGAGCCUCGUAGUCAUCUGGUAAAUUCCAGAUGGAUUACUUCGAAGAUCCUGCCUGGGCAGUCAGCUUUCUAUAUCAGAUUUGGCGGAUUCCAUGCGUUGCAGUAGGCUGGACGGGUAACUUAACCCAAAUGUGAUUAAACUCACGACUCUUGGUGGGGCCCCGUAGCUAGAGCGUUGGCUGUACUCAACCCUUACCCUUGCUGUCGUGAGUUCGAAUCCCACCGAGGUCACCGAGUUUUUCACAGUUGGGUGAAAAUAAACAAUGAUGUAAUUAAAGCCGUUUCUAACUGCAGUUUUCCUUCAGUUGUCUGUGUCUGAAUUUAGUUUAUAUUUCUGAUCUGUGGCUGACAUGUCACGAGAGUUAAACGCGUCAGAGCAGUUGUGCCAUGCGAGGGGGCAAAAUCGUAAGGGUAUUGAACACACACACCCAUGAGUAAAGAUACUGGAUUUUUUUACCUAUUUGCUCUCAUCUUCUCCAUAGUUCUUUGUUUCUAUCUUAACAGUUUUUUUUCCUACGAGUUAGGAAUUCUGGCCUCUGGACCGUCUCCCUGUUUUUUUCACUUCUGAAUGGCACUUCUUUCCUCCUUUCGCAGUCUCUCGCCAGAUUGGCUACACGCCUGAGUCGCUUCAGUGUGCUCAACCGUCAAAUUUUUGCCACUCUAAACAACUACCUGCACCCCGUAGACCGUGCUGAUGUCCACACCGGUGUACGCCACUUUCCUCCGCCCCAGUGGACUCGGAUGUGA